AUGUAUCAUCCGAAUGCCCACAAUCAUCGCACCAAGGAUUGCAAAGCAUCUGACAGCAUGAAAAAACGAAUCGAUGAGGCACAAAAGAAGUUUGGUGAGGUCAACACUCGUAUUUGUCACGAUUGCAAGGAGUCAGGAUGGACUCCAGCGCACAGGGCCGUGUGCAAGAUGAAGAAUAAUCAACCAAGAUUUCGAAGUAAGGUCGUCAAGAAGACGAUCGUCCCUGUGCCCAAUCAGCAGACUGAUUACAACUCUGAUGACAAUAUGGAUACGGAUACGGAAUCCGACGAGCAGAACAUGACCUUCGCAGCCAUGAGCAUUAAAGAUUGUGCGUAUCAAUACAUGAAUGAACCACCUCGCAAUUUACUAAACAAAAACUCUAUUAUUUUGCCAAUUACUUUAGAGGGCAACGACAUCAAGUUAGCCAAAAUAUUAGAAGUGAAAAUAAAUAAAGACAUUAAAGGCAUCAUUAAAGCUUGUAAAAAGGACACUGUUAUUGAUAGAAUUGGUUCUACAGAAGAAGACAUUAAGAUUACAUAUAAUUCUCGCCAAUGUUACUCUAAAUUUGAGAUUUUUGAUAUCUUUAGUGACAUUGAUGUGGUAAUUGGUAUGGAUUUGAUCAUGCAAAUUGGCAUUACAAUCUCCAACAUGGCGAUGGAUUGGGAUGAUGAUAAUAAUCCUGAGAUUCCUACAAUUGAUCCAAAUCCCUGCACUCCUAAUGAUUCUCCUUAUGGUACAGAGGCAGAGAGAGCUCAGUUCAUGAAAGAAAUUGAACCGUACAUUGAGGCCAACAAAAACAUUGAUCCUAAGGCAUAUUGCAAUAUACCAGGUAGUACCCUAGAGUUGCAUAAAUUGAAAGAUCAUGAAAACAAAAUGUAUAAACCUCAAUGGCCCCUGGAAGAAAAGUUUUUACCAACUAUUGAGGAACAAAUGGCUACAUGGAUUAGGAAUGGUGUCAUUCAACCAGCACCACCUGGAACGCCAUACAACUCACCUAUAUUCUGUGUACGUAAAAAGACUAGCACUGGUGAGUAUGCUCCUGGUGUUUAUAGAGUAGUUGUGGAUUGCAGAGCUGUCAAUGCUGCAUUAGAUCCAGACAAAUCCGAUCGAUUCCCACUACCUUUGAUUAGCACAUUACAUAGAAAGAUGUAUCUGACUAAUUUGUUCUCUGAUCUAAGCUCUGUCACCACCAAUUUUAUAGACGAUAUCACGGUGCACACGGUGCACACAGAAGCAGACAUGGAAACACAUUUAAAAUACGUCAAAAUAGUUAUUGAUUGGUUAAAAAAGACUAACCUCAAGAUAAAUCACGCAAAGACUCAUUUUGCUCAGCGUAGCAUUAAUAUAUUAGGCUUUUGCCUAUCCGAGAAAAGGUUGGCCUUUGAUUCUCGUAAAGUAAGCAAUAUUUUAGAUCGGGAUCCAAAGGUCGCUAACAGUAAAGAACUUCAAUCUCGGUUAGGAUUGGUAAAUUACUUUAGUAGCAACCUACCUCGUUUGUCUACUUUAACCGCACCAUUGGAUGCCAUUAAAAAUACUCCAGAUAUUGACAAGGUAUGGACAGAGGAUCAUACAACUGCCAUGACCAACAUUCAACAAUUGCUUGUUAGUAGCCCUAUCAUUUCAGCACCUAAUUUAGCCUAUCCAUUUUGCCUUGUCACUAAUGCUAGUGCAUAUGGCAUUGGUGCCUGUUUAUAUCAAGUUAUCAAAAAGCGUAUUUACUAUAAUGGCUUCAUCGCCCGUAAACUAUCUGCCAGUGAGCAACGCUAUGGGUCAUCCAAGCGUGAGCUUUUGGCAGUGGUUUAUGCUUUCAAUAAGUUUCGCCAAUGGUUACGGGGUGAAAAGUUUCAUUUAUUCUUGGAUAAUCGUGGUCUAUUGUACCUACAUUCUCAAGAGAAACUUACUCGUAUGAUUGAGAACUUUUAUGAUACAAUUUUUGAAUUUCACUUUGAUAUCACAUACUGUAUGGGUAUGGACAAUAUUCUAGCAGAUCGACUUUCUCGCAUCUUUGUACCUGGUACAAAGAAGCUGGAGGGGUGUGGUUCUCUUGCUAGAAGAGCUACUGUUAUUAAACGGAUAUUAGAUCCAAUCGAGCCUACAAAUGAUAAAGACCUUCAUGAAGCUAAGAAGCAAAAGAAGGGUAUUAAAGCAAAUGACAUUAUUUUACAGCCUUUCAACCAGAGUACUCAGGGUACCAAAAUCAAUGAUACUGAGAAUAAUGCUAAUAAGGAAAAUACAAACAGUAACACAGUAAGCAGUGCACUCACAGAAACUGCAAAUUCUGACAGCAAGGACAAUAAAGAAUUGUGCAUUUAUGCAUCACAUUUGGACAUUUAUGAAGUACCUAAAAGUGAAGAACAAAAGCAAGAACUAUUAGAAAAAUCUCACCUUUUAGGACACUAUGGAAUCACUGCUUUGGAGCAGGCUAUACAUGAGGAUUACCAAAUGCAUUGGAAAGGGCUCAGAAAAGAUAUUGAACGAUAUGUCAAGAACUGUAGCAAAUGCAGGGUAUUUAACAUAGGAAGACAUGUAUAUCAUCCACCAAAGAAUCAUACUGCGGAUUCUGUUGGAGAUCAUUGGGUUUUUGACCUAGGCGCAUUUGAUGUUACUACUCCUAGAGGUAAGGAGUUCAGUUCUCAAUCACUAGAGAGCAUUGCUGCCAAUGCAAAGAUAGAGCAAAGGCUUUCACUUCCAUGGUGCCUGUUAGGCAACAGCGCUUGUGAUGCCGCGGUCAAGAGCUCAAAGACCAUCGUCAUUAACAUGCUGGAUGGAUGUGCCGAAAAUUGGGAUUUGUAUCUUGAUGGCACAGACUGUAGCUUAAAUUUACAUAAAUCAAGGCUACACGGCAUGAAACCAUUUGUUGUCAUGUUUGCCAGGCUUCCUACUGAAUUAAAAGACUAUUCUGAUGUUGAAAUGAGUCUUCCAGAACAAACAUUAAAUGCCAAGGCCUUGAAAGACAAGAUCAAGAGAAUUGACAAAAUUCUUGUACCUGCAAUCAAGGAGCAGAUUGUCGAAUCACAGAAAGCUGACAAUGCUUAA